AAGUUUUAUUUAUGAAGGUGAUAAACUAGGACUUUCUCCCAAUCAAAAGCGAGGUUAAUUUCACGACUCGACACUUGCACUCUCCGACUGUUCCUGCUGGCGGGAAUCGAAAAAGAGAAAAGAGGAGAGAGAAAUGGUAGCCAUGGAAGAUGCAGCAACAUCAAACCAAAAACUAGAAGAAAUUACGAAAAUGGUGGUGAAAACAAAUGCCAACAAAGAAGACGAACCAGUGGAAGAAGAUGAUGAGCACGAUUGCAAAGAGAGGGUUUUACAGAAAUACUUCCUUCAAGAAUGGAAUGUCGUCAAAUCUAUUCUCGACGAUAUCGUUUCACUCGGUCGCGUCUCCAAUAUUUCAUCCGCUUACAAGAUCCGCCAUAUUAUGGACAAGUAUCAGCAGGAAGGACAGCUAGUUGAGCCUUACCUUGAAAGCAUAGUUUCUCCUUUGAUGUCCAUCAUCCGCUCCAAGACAAUUGAUUUAGGAACAGUGUCGGAUGAAAUUCUUGAAGUGGUCAAGCCUCUUUGCAUAAUCAUCUAUACUUUAGUUACUGUUUGUGGAUACAAGGCUGUUACCAAGUUCUUCCCACAUCAGGUUUCUGACUUAGAACUUGCUGUAUCUCUCAUGGAGAAGUGCCACAGUACGAAUACGACAUCAUCUUUGCGCCAAGAAAGCACGGGAGAAAUGGAAGCAAAAUGUGUAGUGCUGUUGUGGCUAUCUAUACUUGUUCUAGUUCCUUUUGACAUUUCUUCUGUUGACUCAAGUAUCUCACAAACUGGCUCUUUUAAAGGAGAUGAGCCACCACCUCUGGUCCUAAGGAUAUUGGAAUUCUCCAAGGACUACCUCUCAAAUGCAGGUCCCAUGCGUACCAUUUCUGGCCUGCUACUCUCAAGACUUUUGACACGGCCUGAUAUGCUUAAGGCCUUUACCAGCUUCACUGAAUGGACCCAUGAAGUAUUGCCUUCGUCAUCAGAUAAUGUCCUGGAUCAUUUCCGACUGCUUGGUGCUGUGGAAUCUUUGGCGGCCAUUUUCAAGGCUGGUAGCAGAAAAGUCCUACUGAAUGUGGUCCCAAUUGUCUGGAAUGAUGUAUCUGCCUUGAUGAAGUCCAGUGUGGCGGGCCGAAGCCCUUUGCUUCGCAAGUAUCUUGUAAAGCUCACUCAGCGAAUAGGUCUUGUUUGCCUUUCUUAUCGUUCUCCAUCUUGGCACUAUAAGGGUAGAGUCGCAUCUCUGGGGCAGGAUCUUUUAACAGAAGAUGCUAAAAGAACAGAUCACUGCUGUCAGGGUGCUGAUAUGAAGUCAUCCAGCUUAAAUCAAAGCAUGAGCAGUGAAGAAGACGAAGACAUGGAUGUUCCAGAACUUGUAGAAGACAUUAUUGAAGUGCUACUGACUGGCUUAAAAGAUACGGACACUGUUGUCCGUUGGUCUGCUGCUAAAGGAAUUGGUCGCGUUACCUCACGUCUCACAUUUUCCCUCUCAGAUGAAAUUCUUACAUCUGUGCUGGAGUUAUUUUCACCACGUGAGGGAGAUGGGUCAUGGCAUGGAGGCUGCCUAGCUUUGGCUGAACUUGCUCGUAGGGGAUUGCUGUUGCCAGUUAGUCUUCCAAAAGUUGUGAAUGUUGUUGCUAAGGCAUUGCAUUAUGAUGUUAGAAGGGGUCCGCAUAGUGUUGGCGCACAUGUACGUGAUGCUGCUGCCUAUGUUUGUUGGGCAUUUGGUCGUGCAUAUUAUCAUAGUGACAUGAGAAGUAUACUGGAACAACUUGCUCCUCAUCUGUUGACAGUUGCUUGUUAUGAUCGUGAGGUGAACUGUAGAAGAGCGGCUGCAGCAGCCUUUCAGGAAAAUGUAGGAAGACAAGGAAAUUACCCGCAUGGUAUUGAUAUUGUGAACACCGCAGAUUACUUCGCUCUUUCAUCACGUGUGAAUUCAUAUCUUCACGUGGCUGUCAGCAUUGCUAAGUAUGAGGGUUAUCUUUAUCCUUUUGUGGAUGAACUGCUGUCUAGCAAAAUGUGUCACUGGGAUAAAGGUUUAAGAGAACUUGCAUCAAGAUCCCUUUCCGCCCUUGUAACUUAUGAUCCAGAGCAUGCUGCAAAUUUUGUACUGGAGAAAAUAAUACCGAGCACUCUCUCAACUGAUUUGUGCAUGCGUCAUGGUGCAACAUUAGCAGCUGGGGAAGUUGUUUUGGCUCUACAUAAGUGCAAUCAUAACCUGUCGGCUGAUAAGCAGAAACAACUUGCUGGCCUCGUUCCUGCUAUUGAAAGAGCACGCCUUUAUCGUGGAAAGGGUGGAGAAAUAAUGCGUGCAGCAGUUUCUCGGUUCAUUGAGUGUGCAGCUCUAGCUCAUAUACCAUUAUCAGAUAAAACAAAGCGAAGUUUGCUUGACACACUUAAUGAGAACCUGAGACAUCCAAAUUCUCAGAUACAGAUAGCUGCUGUUGAUGCCCUGAAACACUUUGUUCCAGCAUAUUUCCAACCAACAAACGCUAAAGGUACUUGUGAUAUUACAUCAAAGUAUCUCGAGCAGCUGAGUGAUUCUAAUGUGGCGGUAAGACGAGGCUCUGCAUUGGCUCUUGGCAUUUUGCCAUAUGAAUUUCUUGCUAAAAGAUGGAGGGAUGUACUCUCGAAACUUUCCAAGUCCUGUGAAAUUGAGGAAAAUUCUGAAGAUAGGGAUGCUGAAGCACGGGUAAAUGCCGUCAAAGGUCUUGUUGCUGUGUGUGAAAUUCUGACUGACUCAAGAACCACAACAGCUCUGCAUUUUGGAGAAGAUGACAUGCCACUUUUUCUUCUCAUCAAGAAUGAGGUUAUGAGGAGUUUGUUUAAAGCCCUUGAUGACUAUUCUGUGGACAACCGAGGUGAUGUUGGUUCUUGGGUUCGUGAGGCUGCCAUGGAUGCCCUUGAGAGAUGUACAUAUAUACUCUGUAGAAGAGAUACUAUAGGUUCUAAAAGAGAAACAGAAGAAUUUUCGCAGGUAUCAGAAAUGGACUCACUAUUUAAUAAAGAACUUGCUGUCAAUUUAGUUGGAGGAAUCCUAAAGCAAGCUGUAGAAAAAAUGGACAAGUUAAGAGAAAUUGCUGCCAAGGUUCUUGGAAGGAUUCUUUACAACAAAACAAUAUUUGUUCCCUUCAUACCUUACAGGGAAAAGUUGCAGGAAAUCAUACCAGAUGAUGCUGAUUUGAAGUGGGGGGUACCUACAUUGUCAUAUCCUCGUUUUGUUCAUUUACUUGAGAUCAGUUGUUACAGUAGAUCUUUACUUUCUGGACUGGUUGUAGCAAUUGGUGGGUUACAAGAGUCUCUGGCUAAAGCAUCACUUGCAGCUUUAUUAGAUUAUUUGCAGGUGAAAAGUCAUAACAUUGAUGAUGAAAGCGUCUCCCGAGAGCUCAAUUUUUCCACAGAUAUACUUUGGGUCCUGCAGGAAUAUAAAAAAUGUGAUAGAGUCAUCACACCUACUAUGAAGACAAUAGAGAUUCUCUUCAGUAAAAAGUUCUUCCUGAGCAUGGAGGCCCAUACAGCAACUUUCUGCGCAGGAGUGUUUGAUUCAAUUAAGGUGGAGUUGCGGGCAUGCAAGGACUUCACAAAGUUGUAUUCAGGAAUUGCGUUACUUGGCUAUAUUGCUUCCCUUUCUGAACCGAUUAACAUGCAAGCCUUCGCCCAUCUACUCUCUUUCCUGGGGCAUAGAUAUCCUAAGAUACGAAAAGCUUCAGCUGAACAAGUGUAUCUUGUCAUGCUACAAAAUGGAAAUGUGGUGCCGGAGAAUCAUAUGGAGAAAGCUCUUGAAAUCAUUUCUGAAACCUGCUGGGAAGGCGACUUAGAGGAAGCGAAGCAACAUCAAUUACAUCUAUAUGAGUUAGCCGGUCUAGAUUCCGGGCUGCUCCUCAAAAACAGCUCUGGUAUGUCAAAGAGGCAUGUUGAGCAAAAGCAGUCGAUGUAUGAUGAACAUGCUUCAUACUCUGCUUUAGUUGAAUCAACAGGUUUUUAGAUGUUUUGAUGGUGCAUUUUCAUGUAGCCAUUCCUACUUAGUCCGCAGUUAUAAUUUAGAGAAGGAAAUGUCAACCCCUGUUUUGCUUUUUUUCAAGGCUGAGAGGAAUAGAUGGCAUUUCAACCUUGGAUUUUGUGCACAUGAUUAAUUCAAGGUUUAUAUGAAAUUGAUAUUUUAUUGCUGAUAAA